AUGACAACGUUUUUCGACGGGAAAAAAUCAUUCGCUGACGUCAAGGUUUCCGAUGACAAAAUCGACACUGCUGGCUUCUUGGAGGCGUCCGAAGCCUUGGUGAAGCUUUUUGACUUGUUGGGAUCGUCUGCUUUUGCCGUGGUGCAAAAGGACAUGACAGGUAACAUCAACAAAAUCAGGUCGAAAUUGUUGAGCGAUCCUAUGGGUGCUGGCACCCUUCAAGACUUGAUCUUGAGUGAGGCGCCCACUAAAACCAAGACCGCCACUCAAGGUUUGUUGUGGUUGUCUAGAGGUUUGGAAUUCACCAGCAGAGCCAUGCGUGAAACCGUGAACAAUCCUGACCGUGAGCUCACCAAAACAUUCACCGAUGCAUACACGGCCACGUUAUCGCAGUACCAUGGUAUGUUGAUCAAGCCGGUGUUCAAGUUGGCCAUGAAAGCAUGUCCCUACCGCAAAGACUUUUUUGAAAAAUUGGGAAGCGACCAGGCCAAAGUCGCCGAGGAGUUGGAGAAAUGGUUGGCGGCGUUGGAGAAGAUUGUCAAGAACAUUAUGGAGUUCUUUGCAUCGGGCAACUACGCCAAGGGAUUGUAA